AUGACAGCUCUCUCGAAGGUUCGCCAACAGGUGCACUUAUCUCAAUUGCAUCGCCGCAUUGAACAUGAAUUGAUUAAAUUAAAUCCCCCCUCUCCCUCUCUCUCUCUCUCUCUCUCUCUCUCUCUCUCUCUAUCUAUCUAUCUAUCUAUCUAUUUCUAUCCAUCUCUCUUUCUUCGUAAUUGUUUUCAAACUUCUCUCUUUAUCUUCUUUCUCUGGUUCGUUUUGUCUCUUGUUAAUUCAAACAUUUUAUUUUCUUCCUUCCUUAAUGUUUCUUUCAUUUUUUCUUUCUUUUUUCUUUUGUUUCAGUCUUCUUUCUUUCCUUUUACUUUUUCCUCUAUUUCCUCCUUUUUCUAUCUGUUUUCCAAUUAUUUUUCUUCUCGUUUCUUUCUUUAUUUCAUUCUUUCAUUUUCCUUUCUUUCUUUUUUCUUUCCUUCAUUCUUUCUUUCUUUCCUUCCUUCUUUUCUCCACUUCCUUCCUUUCUAUUAUGGUUUGUUUACUUCAUUUUUUUGUUUCUUUUCUCUUAUUUUUAAUACUUUAUUUGUUUCUUUUUCGUUUUCACCUCAUCCUCAUUCAUUUUCGUUUAUCGACUUAAGCAUAUCUGCUUUUCGUUAA